AUGGGGGUAGCCUUCUUAUCCAAUCAGGCUAUGACCCUUCUCUGCGGUCUCUUGGGCCUCUACAUCUUCAGGGUUAUCACGACGUAUGCCAAGUUGAUGCAGUUCAAAGGCCCAUCGGGAACUGGAAUCUCGAACUGGCCUCACAGCAUGGCCAUACUUGGGCGAAAUUGUCACGAGUGGUAUGCAGAAGUCAACAAGAAACAUGGUCCAAUCGCCCGUGUCGCGCCUCACGUACUGAUCACAUCCUCUCCCGAAGUUUGGAUGCACGUGAACAACAAGCCUGGCUACAAGCGAUCCGAUUGGUAUUACAGAGCUACACGAAUCGAGUACCGGAGGGACAAUGUCUUCAGUCAAACGGAUAACGCAAAACACGAGCAACGGAGGAAGCAGAUGGCCCCAGGAUAUUCGGGAAGGGAGAAUACCGGGCUCGAGGGGUCCGUGAAUGAAAGAGUCCAAGAAUUCCUGGGCCUCAUCCGGUCCAAAUAUAUCUCGUCCGACCGCCAUGUUGUGCCCAUGGAUCUAGCGAAGAAGGUCCAGUAUUUUACACUCGACGUCAUUAGCAGCGUUGGCCUCGGUAAGGCGUUCGGUAUGUUGCAGAGUGACCAUGACGUGGACGACUAUCUCCAAUCGAGCGAAGAGGGACUUGCCAUCGGCAAUACCGCCCUUGCCAUGGGCCUGGCCUGGAUCACCCAGAUGCCCUUCAUCGGCAGGUUUAUUGCACCUUCACCCAAGGAUAACAACGGCUUCGGUAAGAUGAUGGCUACAUGCUUCCGUCUUGUCGACGAGCGCGCUGCGAGCUCCUCGAACGAAAGAUCCGAUAUGUUAGCCUCCUUCAUGCGCCACGGCUUAGCAGGUGACGAGCUGCGCACUGAGGCGCUAGAGCAAAUCAUUGCGGGCUCUGACACCACUGCCAGCGCCAUCCGUGGCACCCUUCUGUACCUCAUAACGAAUCCCCGCGUCUACUUCAAGUUACAGUUCGAGGUUGACAAUGCCGUGCGUGACGGUCGUGCUCCAAGUACAGGCGAAGGCCUUGUUACUGCUGCCCAGGCUAAAAGUCUUCCAUAUCUUCAGGCUGUGAUCCGAGAAGGGUUACGAGUCGCGCCACCUGUUGCGAACAUUUUCCCACGUGAUGUCCCGGCAGGUGGUGACACUGUUGUUGUCGAUGGCGAGAGUGUAUUCUUACCAGGUGGUACUUACAUCGGGUACUCAGCAUAUGCUAUGCAUCGGAGCGAGAAGAUCUAUGGCAAAGAUGCAGACACUUACCGACCAGAGCGGUGGCUCGACUCGGACCCUGUCAAGUUGGCGGCCAUGGUUCGGACCAACGACCUCAUAUUCGGUUAUGGCAAAUUCCAGUGUUUAGGGAAGCCAGUGGCCCAAAUCGAGAUCGGAAAGAUGAUAUUCGAGCUCUUACGCAACUUCGACCUGGCACUCAUCAAUCCGACGCAUCCCUGGGAUGCGCGGAACUACCUUGGACUUUUCGCUAUUUCAGAUAUGUGGGUGCAAGUGACGGAGCGAAUGCCCUCUUCUCCUUGA